CCGCAGUGGCAAAUUCAAUCAGAUCAACUGCGGCCAUCCUCCAACAGACAGAAGCUGGGACGCUUUAUCUUACUGGGACUGUAUCUGAGCUGUUCUACAGCUUGUUUUUGUAUUAUUAUUAUUAGUAGUAGUAGUAGUAGUAGUAGUGGUAUUAUUUGAUUUUGUCUAUACCAUUUUCUUUUUCCUGGAGAAAACUCUGGAGCGUGUUCGUCAUCAUGAAGGAAAGGAGAAAUACGCAACCGCUGGUGGUGAGAUGUAAACUGGUUCUUGUGGGAGAUGUUCAAUGCGGAAAAACGGCGAUGUUGCAAGUGCUGGCGAAGGACUGCUACCCGGAGACCUACGUACCCACGGUGUUUGAAAACUACACAGCCUGUCUGGAGCUGGAGGAGCAGCGAGUGGAGCUGAGUCUGUGGGACACCUCAGGUUCUCCGUACUAUGACAAUGUGAGGCCCCUGUGCUACAGUGACUCUGACGCCGUCUUGUUGUGCUUUGACAUCAGCCGCCCAGACACAAUGGACAGCAGUCUCAAAAAGUGGAAAAGUGAAAUCCUGGACUUCUGUCCAAGCACUCGAAUCUUGCUGAUUGGCUGUAAGAUAGACCUCCGCACCGACGUGUGCACGCUCAUGGAGCUGUCCAACCUGAAACAGACUCCGAUUACCUAUGAGCAGGGCUCUGCUAUGGCCAAGCAGCUUGGUGCCGAAGCUUAUCUGGAGUGCUCAGCCUUCACCUCGGAGAAAAGCAUUCACAGCGUAUUUCGCACCGCGGCGAUGGCCUGCAUCAACAAGCUGCAGCCUCUCCCAAAGUCCAGCCCCACCCGCCGCCUCUCCAAAAGACUCCUCCACCUGCCCAGCAAGUCGGACCUGCUCUCCUCCUCCUUCAAGAAGGAAAAGACCAAGAGCUGCUCUGUGAUGUGAAGGAGGGCAGGAGGGGCUCCAGGUCCUCGUACGCGACUCCCAGCCCCAGCCUAUUUGGUCUCGGGGAAGGGGGGUGGGCAUGAUGGUUUUAUCAGGGCUCUCCUGCUGAAUCCUUCCCUCACCCCCCCGAAAACCAAACGAACCCUCAGAAGAGGCGGACACUCAGCUGUCCGCUCUCUCCUGAAACCUUCGAGCGCACAUCCGUAUUUUAUUUUAUUUUUUUAUUAUUAGUAUUAUUUCACUUUUGAAACAAAACUUAAAACAGUAAAGGUUUGGGUCCAUUGAACUUUCUUUAUUUUCCCACCUCUAGACAAACUAGAACAGUGCUCCAUCUGUCUGAUUUUACGCAUCUACAGGCACAUCUCGAUUUAGUCCGAUAUGGAAGUGUGCGAUUUUCAAACCUUGUUACGUCAAUGCCUCUCAGAAAAACUGAAUAGAUAUUUUUCUAAGUACUUAAAUAAAUCUAGCAUGAAACUGUUGGGGAAUUAGCAAAAAUCCCGUACGUCCCUUCCCAAGCGUGGUGUGUGAGGUGUCGCCUGUUUUACCCUUUCCUGAUGAAGGAACAUUAUAAAGAGGGAGAACAGAGGCACAAUCCACAGAGAGCUUCUCUUGCCCUCUCAGUGGCGAUGCGAGCGGCAGAAGGCAGCAGCGCUGCUGUGUGUUCAGAGUCCAGCCUUCGUCCACCUGGACAGGUCAGAAGAGCCGUGGCUGUGAACGACUCUGCUCCACCAGCUUCCAGUCGAGCAAGUAGCAAAGGCUGGCGAGGCUCUGGAUUUGAAAAAAAUAGCAGCAGACGUAAGACCGGGAAACAUGUGUGGAGGUUUGAAAUGGGCUCCAUUCACUGCAGGAGCCCCGACUUCUGCUAAUGCAUCAGAAAUAGAAAGGCAAAGAGGCUUUUGUUGAAAUCAGCAUCACAAACAUUCGAGCUUCAAGCUGUGUGGGUCUUAUUUACGAGGCUUCACUGCUUCCAGGUUUCAAGGCCGAUUUUAAAAUGUCAAAUCGCCGCCGUUGGGGUCAAUUGAUGCUAAAGAUAUGCUUUGUUUCAUCAAAUAUUCUUCAGAAAAGAGUUGUAGCAUUGCAAUGAUGACGGUUUUUGUUUCUUAAGAAAAGAACUGUUUGCAGUUUGAAAAAUGUCUUUUUAUUCCAUGUUCCCAUGAAGGUCAGUGAGAUUUACCAAUACUGUAAAAUGCCUGUGGAUUUGCAUUGAUCUAAUGUAGCACUCCAAAUGCAACUCCAUUCUUCCAAGACAAAUUAUAGCUUAUGUUUCGCGCACACUUGAAUCUCUUGACCUCCAACAAGCGUCGCUCACUGCUGGCGAGAACGACGACGACGGAGCAAAAAUCGAACGCUUUUCAUCAUCGGCUUAAAUCUUUGGCUUCAUGGUUGUGUGUCUGUGCAGCUGUGAGUUCUGCGCUUCUGACCGUAAAGCAAUAACGAUUGAAGUGCUCGUGAUACAAGGUGUGGCAAUAAAAGACGCAGCUUCGUGAUUACUGUCGUGCUCCAAGUGGUCGGUGGACAGACACGUCAUUGAUUGAAACCAUCUCUGCUGUACAAACCAGCUGCUGAGCUCAUGUCUGCCCGUUCUUCUGUGCAGUCGCUGGUUUUUGGAAGAGCCGGUGACAAAAACAAAUAAGGGGGGAAAAAAAA